AUGGGUGAUAAUAAUGAUAAGAAUAUUAUAAAGAAUAAGAAACGCUUCACAUUAAAUACCCUAUUUUUAGGAACACUUUUUACUAACACAAUAUUUGACAUUAUAAUCAUAAUUAUUUUACCUUUUGGGAUGAACCUUUUAAUUUUAUUAACCAUCGUUACUUUUUUAUGGGGAUUCUUUGCGAUCGUUAGGAAAAGAAUACGUUAUUUUAUAGGAUUUUGUGUAAUAAACUUGGCCCCUAUUUUAAUUUUAAUUAAUGCUACUUUUAAUUCAGAUGAUGAUAAUAUUAAAUAUAUAUUGAUUAAGAAUAGUAAAAAUGUUAAAUUGAAUAAUGAUCAAAAAAAGUUUAUUCUUGUUGCUAGUAUAUUAAAAAUAAUUAUCGAAGUAAUAUUUAUUAUUAUUGCUAUCAUUAUAUGCAAUGUUAAUUAUGAAAAAUCUGGAGAAACUGAAAAAUCUGAAGGAACUAAGGAUACUAACUCAAAGAAAUUAAAUAUUAUACAAAAAUUUCUUGAGGGAUCCCCAGGAAAUAUUUACAUUGCAUACAAACUUUUUAAUUUCUCUUUAUAUUUAUCGUUAUAUUUUAUUCUCAUAAUGAAUGGAAUAUUAUCAUUAUACGGUUUUGAAUUUAUUCCUACUAAAGAUAUAGGACAUCUAGUUUUAUUUACAAUUUGUCUUUUUAUUCCUUCUUUUUUUAUAUUAUAUCUCUCAAAUAAAACAAUCAAAAAAAAAAAUCAAAAAGUAAGAAUCUUUAAAUAUAAAUAUCUUUUAAUUGUUGAUAUUUCCCUUGGUUUUCAAAUUGCAUUUUGCAUAGCAUUAUUAUUAUAUAUUGGUUUAAAAUAUAAAAAUUAUCGUAAUUAUUGUAAUAUUAUAACAAUACCAAUUAUAACAAUGAUUUCAUCAUUAUUAACAAUUAUAACAUCAAUAUUAUUUUAUCGUAAGUCUAAAAAUAAAGAUUUUAUUGAUGAAUUUUUUAUACUUUAUUUGAAGCAAGAAUAUAAAUUGCAUUCAGAUAAUGAAUAUGAUCAUCAAGAUGAUGAUGAUGAUGAUGAUGAUGUACACGAAAACAUUUUAACCGAAAUAAUACACAUAAUAGACAAAAUACUCAUAAAACUUGGAAAAUCAUUAUCGUGA